UUAAACUUCUUUUAGUAUGUGAUGUACGUGAGGUUUGUGCUAUUGAACAAGCUGCUGCCUCUUACACACAUUUACACAUCAAACUUUUGUUUUUUAUUGUUGUGGCAGCCUUAGAAACCAAAGCUGAGUUCUCCCUAGAGCUCCAGCAGCAAAUAUGUUUGCUUAAGUUGUCUGGCCUCCAGCUCGUCCUGUCAGUUUUAUGUCUUUUUUUUUGUUUGUUUGCUUGUUUGUUUGUUUUCUAUGAAAGUAGGAUCAGCCUACGUGUGUUUUAUUCUCAGUAGAGGUUUUUAACAGUGCAGGGUUGAGUUUUUGUUCAUUAAGCCAGAGUUUAGAAAGUCGUGUGUGUGUGUGUGUGUGGCCAUGAAGGAGGAGAUUGCUGCUGCUGUGUUCUUUGUGGCUCGGCUGGUGAAGCGGUAUGGCUGUCUGGAUAACGAAGGCAGGGAGCGCUUUGCCGCCGCCCUCACCUCAGUUCUGUUUGAGAAUUACAAGAACCACUGGCACCCGAACGCACCGACCAAAGGACAGGCCUACAGGUGUCUGCGGAUGAACCGCGUGCGGCUGCAGGACCCGGUGCUGCAGCAGGCCUGCGAGCAGAGCGCGGUGCGCUACGAGGAUCUUGGCCUUCCCCAGGAGCUAACAGUGUGGGUCGACCCUGGAGAGGUGUCCUGCAGGUACGGCGAACACAGCGCUCCAUUUUGCGUCUCCGUGGUGGACAGCUGUCGGCGUGGAGAUGGGGAAUUUUCCCGCCGCAUCCAUGAUGCGGUGGAGCGGGCGAGCCUUGAUGUCCAGUCAGGAAGCUCUUCAGACGAAGAGGAGGAGGGGGGAGCAGACAGCAGCAUGAGUAGCAGUAGCCUAUCAGCUCUCUGUCCUGUUCCAAUCCCGCCCACAAACCCUGAGCCCAAAACCAUCCCAACCGUCAGCAACCCCAACAGCGUCUACCGGUUCAGUGAGUUUUCUCCAGGCGCCCCUCAGACCUGGCUCAGGGAGAAGCGCAAGGCCUUUGCUGGGGAUCCAUUCCCACCUCACGCUCCUUCAGGUGGAGGUCCGACCUCUCAGUUCUCCAGCCAAAAAGGCUUCAAGUCCUAUCGACCCACAUUCACCUUCACUGGGCCUCGUGUUGACAAGUACCACUGGGUUAGCAAAUCCCGAUCCUAGCGCAAGCUGGUCCUUCAACCCCGAACUACUAUCAGGUUACCGCAGGGUAGGCAGCCAUGAUGGCGGCUCAAAGCGCCAUGGACCCUGUUUGUGGUGGGGGGGAAAAAAGUUUCAGGACAAUUUGUGUCUGUAAAGGAUAAGAGUUUAUUAUUCGUGCAUGAUUUAUAAUGUCAAUGACUUAAAAUAAUGCUGUUUAAGCAUGUUUUUAAACUUUGAAAUAUUGAAGUAUUUUAAGUAAUUCUGCCUUCUAAAUGUGUUUUUAAACUAAAAUUAAAGUAAGUGUGAAUAAAGUAACAUUGAACAGUCAUUGAAAAGAAAUAAAUGCGUCCGUGUCAGCUCUGCUGGUCAUUUUGAAA